CAUCUCCCCGCCAAAGCAUUUUCAUUCCCGUAUGAUAGAAACAGUUAAACCCUAACUUUUCCGAUUUCGGAAGUAAAUCUCGGAUAAUCUCUCUAUUGGGAAAGUUUUCUGCUCCAUGGCUGACCAUCGGGAACCUAAUUCCGACGGCGAUUCCUCGUCUUUCCAGAGAACGGUUUUCCUGGGAGAUUGGUGGUUGAUAAAAUGUUCAAAGGAAUUUGAGGGGAAACGAUUUGGUGUUGCUGGAUACGAGAUAGCAGCUUCCGUCGAGACACGAGCAAUGCGUGUGUUUACAUCUUCCCCAAUCAUCAAAGCCUUUGACGUUUUCACACUCCAAGCAUCUGAUGGAACCUGCAUCACCCUCCGAGGAUUUCUUAACAAAGAACGCGUUGUAAAAAGUGGGUUUCUCCCUGAGAUUUCCCGUGAGUUCAUCUUCGGGUUUCCUCCUUGCUGGGAACAAAUUUGUAACAAUUGCUUUGGAGGAGUGCAUUUAGGUACUGAUAUCAAUAAUGCCUCUUCGCUAAUUGAUAAAGCUUGUUCUCCCGUUUUAUCACCAUGUAAGAACUCGAAAGGGAAUCUAGAGGAUAGUCGGGUGGAGACCAGAGCUAAAAGCACUGUGACUGAGAAGAACACUACAGUGAUCAACGAUAAAGAUGGUCACAGUGACGGUUCUAUAGCAAGAUAUACAAAAUCUGCGAGGAAAAAGUCUCUUCGUCUGCAAUCCAAACCUGGUGGAAAAAGUGCAGAGGAAGAAAGGGAACUUGAAUUGAGUAAAAUUCAGAAUACUACUAAUGAUAGAGAUCAUGGUAGUGAAGGCUUGAAUAAAGCUAAGAGCCGUGAUGUAGAAAAAGAUGAAUUCGAAGCUACAGGUAAUGAAGGCAGUGAAGCGAAACUCGAUGAGAGUAAAGUCCAGAAUCGUACUAAUGAUGGAGAUCAUCAUGGUAGUGGAGGUUUAGAUAAGGCUAAGAGCAGUGAUGUAGAAAAAUAUGAAGGCGAGGUUAUCAAUAAUGAAGUGAUAUCCUCAGCGGAUGGAUGUGGUAAUAAGCAUGCCUGUGCAGAUAAUGUUGAUAAAGUAACAAGUAUGAGUGCUACUGGAGAAUCACUGACUUCAGAACAGGGAAACGGUGAACUUAAGGUAACAAGAGCAUCCCCACAAUCCCUGUUUGAGGACUUAGAUAAAAGUAGGAAACCUGCAAAGAAAAGUCGCAAGACCCUCAAAAGUGACGGCAAUGUAGUAGAGGAUGUGAAUCAUUCUGGGACCAAAGUCAAAAGUGCAAAGAACAAAAGGAAAUUGGAUGUGAGUAAAGGCCAGCAUCCUACUACUAGUAGUGAAGGUUUGAAUAAGGCCAAGGGCAAUGACGUAGAAAAAGAUGAAGGCACGGCUAUCAAUAAUGAAGUGGUAUCACCAGUGGAUGGAUAUGGUAGGCAUUCUGGUACAGAUAGCAAAAAAUUAACAAGUGAGAAUGCUACAAAAGAAUCACUGACUUCAGAACAGCAAAAAGGUAAACUGAAUGUGACAAAAACAUCUCUACAUUCCAUGUCAAAAGACUUAAAUAAUAGUAGCAAGCCUGGAAAGAGAGGAAAAUCAAAGAACCUUAAAGGUGACUGGAAUGUAGUAGAGCCUAUGAAUCAUACAGGGUCUAAGGUUAAAGAAGCUGAAGAAAACUUGUCAGGGGGAAAAACAAACAGGAAGAUCGACUUUGAUGAGGAGGUAACACCGGAUAAAGAAGUGAAGAGGCAGAAGACCAAUGCAGUGUCUGCUGAUUCAGUUGGACAGAAACGGUCAAGAUCAGGAAGGGUGCUUGUGUCUUCGCUAGAGUAUUGGCGCAACCAAAUUCCUGUUUAUGAUAUGGAUCGAAAUCUUAUCCAAGUGAACGAAGGUCAUGAUGAGACCAGCUCCACUCCAUCUAAAGGAAAAGGAUCGGAUUCUCGAAGAAGUUGAAAAUCACAUUAAAAACUGACAUCUACUUGGUAGAUACUAAUUCGGGUUUAUGGUGGCCUCUGACCCUGUAAUCAUCUUAGGCUUAUUAGCGGUGGCUCGUUCAAUCUUUUGGCAUUUGGAACUAUGUAAUAUUUGUUUUGGUUGAUAUUUCGUUCCACCAAUUUCUCAACUUGAAGAAAAAGUACAUUAUA